UCCGGCAGGUGAAGGGCGGAAGUAGAGAGGUCAGUGCUACAAUCAUGGCGCAAGAGGCUGAAGAUGAAAGAGACUACAAUUUAACCGAGAAGCAGAAGGCGGUCAAGGCCAAGUAUCCUCCUGUCAAUCGGAAAUACGAGUAUUUGGAUCAUACAGCUGAUGUCCAGUUACAUGCGUGGGGCUCUACUUUGGAGGAAGCGUUUGAGCAGUGUGCAAUGGCCAUGUUUGGUUAUAUGACAGAUACUGGGACUGUUGAGCCCCUUCAUACAGUAGAAGUAGAAACCCAAGGAGAUGACUUACAAUCUCUUCUGUUUCACUUUUUGGAUGAGUGGCUUUAUAAGUUCAGUGCUGAUGAGUUCUUCAUACCCCGGGAAGUGAAAGUACUCAAUAUAGAUCAAAGAAAUUUCACAUUACGGUCGAUUGGAUGGGGAGAAGAAUUUUCAUUGUCCAAGCACCCUCAGGGAACUGAAGUCAAGGCAAUAACAUACUCGGCAAUGCAAGUUUAUAAUGAAGAGAAGCCAGAAGUUUUUGUGAUCAUUGACAUUUAAGAUACAAAGAAAAGAGACUCCCAUGAAGAACCUUUUAUCUGUCUUUUGGGAAGCUACCAUGAUUUAACUGCUACAAUAUCUAUUGAUACAUGGAAACAUGUGGAACAAAAAAAUUAACUCCAAGUGUGAUUUGAGAAAUGGAAA